AUGCCUGCCUUCCGUACAGGACAGCGAGUCAGCUACAAGCCCGUUGGCGGAAGAGAAUCCCACACCAGCGAGAGUGUCGGAGUAAUCCGAGAAGUGAGCACCUCCAAUACGACCAUGACAGGUCGAAUGGUGGAAGCUUCGCCGCAAGAGCCUCGUUACGAGAUUGAGAAUGAGCGGACUCAGAAGAGAUCUGCUGUUAAGGAGUCGAAUAUUUUGGGUCCUGCUGAGUAG